AAAAAGUGUGAAGGAUUUCAAUGAAAUUAAUCAGAAAAUUUUCAAUGAAAAAAAGUGUGUGUGUUUGUACUGUGGGUGUUUAAAGUACAAAAGCGAAAAAUCAAUAAUCAAGAUGGACGUAGAAGAGGAUGAAAUUGACUUUGGCUUUCCGGAAGCAGGCACAUGGAAUACCACGGGCCAUAUAGCUUUGGAAAAUAUGAAAAUUGAUGCUCCUAUGAUAUGGCUUUUAUGCUCUUUGCUCACAUCCAUAACAUGGGUAACUUAUAUAACAUUUUACAAUUCCCGAGUGAUUGGGAUGUUAAUCACGAAAAUAGCUAACCGUUGGUUCAUAAAAGGAGCCUUCUUUAAAAUAGGCUCGGUAUCUCUUAAUCCACUGGCGGGUAAAAUAAUGUUUCGUGAUUUCGUUUAUAUUACAUACGAUUAUUCAGUGCGUGCCCAGGAUGGUUAUUUCAUAUUCCGUUGGUGGCGUUCCUAUGUACCGAAAGAUGUGUCUGAGGAUCUAUCGCAUUCGGAUACUAGGCUUUCAGUCCAGUUGAAUGGCUUUGAGUUGCAUAUUUACAAUCGUUCGGAAUUGUAUGACGAACUAGAAAGAACUUUUGGUUUAAAAUCUUCCAUUUUAAUACCGACCGAUCUACUUUCGAUGGAAGAGCGUACUAAACUUAAAGAGCACACUAUGAAUAUGGAGAAUGCCCGGCAGAGUAAACGAGACAGCGUUAAAAAUUCGGAAGCUAUGAAAGCUACCACAUGGCGCGACCUUAUACCGGUUAUUAAAAUUGAUAUUUGUUCGGGCCGUUUCGUUUUCGGUAAUCGUUUAACACCUACUACCCUAUCAAUAUCUAUGGAUGAAGCACAUUGCACAUAUAGCACGAAGCCGGCUGUAUGCCGUUUGGAUCAUUUUAUGCAUUUCGUUAAGGCAAAUGUGGAAAAUGCUAAGGUGAUGUUUGCCCCAAGUCCAAAGUAUACAGGUUUGGUAGAUGAGCCGCCUCGUUAUAUGGGUGAAGGAUUCGUUGUGAUGAUGUCUAAUCAAAUGGAUUUAUAUUUCUAUAUGGAUGAGCCAGGUGUAGUGCCCGAAGAACCGGUACAUAUCAUCAUGGCGAAUGGUGAUAAAGUGGAGCCUUCUCCUCCCGUUUGGGGUAUAAAUAUUAGGUGCCUAAAGGGUACCGAUUUCAGUUAUGGACCUUGGGCCGAUCGUCAGCGGGAUCAUCUUUUUAAAUUUUUCUUUCCUCCCGACUGGCAAGAAAUGCAAGUGACUGCUACACCCAAACCGGAAGAGUUACGCAGUUAUCAGUCUUUUGAUAUUACUUUAUGUGUAUUAAAUGAAGCCACCAUAGAUAUCUUAUUCUCUAAAGAUAAGGAAACUAAUGUUAUGCAUGUUACCGUUGGACCAGCUUCAUAUGUUGAGCUUACUUUGCCUUGGGUUACCCAUUCCGAUGGUUAUACUACAAAAAUUCAAGGCCAACUCUUUCAUGCAGAAGCUACUACGUCAUUACAAUACCGUAGUUUAGCUGAAUUCGAAUCACUGGAAUAUAAAGUUCGCAUACACUACCCCACCAAAUGGAAUGCUCCGCAAGACUGGAAUAUAUCAUUAAGUGGUUGCAAGGCGACCGCAUUUAUUGUUUACAAACACAAGUGUUUUUUCCAAGAUCUCAUUGAAGAUUGGGCAAGCAAAACUCGCCCAGAUAUUUUAACCUUUGUGCCAUAUACCUGCAAGUUUAAUAUACUCCUUAAUGACUUUGAAAUACUAACGCUAUGCAAUGAGUAUAAUUGGAUCGAUUGUUCUAGCGCCAAUCAAGAAAAUAAUCAUUUGGCAUUUUGCGGCGACGUAUUCGACAUGAGUUUUGCUUUGCCGUUUGAUGAUUUUCUACCAAGGACGGUUACCUUAAAGUUUUGGAUUCAUGGCGAAGGCUUAGAUCUGAGUUUGUAUGUACCGGAAGUAUCUUCUACUCGACCUAUAGUUUUGGCCAUUGAUGAUAAUGCUCGUUUGUUAACACGUGGUGGAAAAAUCAAAAAUCGGCCAGAGUUGUAUUCGAAGAAAUGGCGUAAAAUAUGUCAACGUUCUUCAGGCUGGAUCGAUUGUUGGACUGUACCCAUUGUAGCUUUAUCUAUUCAAUAUAUUUAUCAUCCGGUACCUCCUUUAGGACCGGAUCCCCAAGCUGAUAUAACCACACCUGAAAAAGAAGAAAUUUUGCUCAGUCCCAUGCGUAUCCCAAAAACGCGUAAAUCACCUAUCAACAAUUGGCCCAAACCAGAACCGACCAAAUUUGAUCCAGGCACGUUGGUAGCCGACCAUGUUACUGUUGAAUUGGAGAUUGGAUCGUCGGUAUUAAUGUGUUACGGCAAUGUGCUGCGAAACUUUAUCAAUUUGAAAGAAAAUAUCUUCGGUGAGGAUCAACACUUCACGGAUAUGGAGCAGUCUAACAUCAAGUCAAAAGAGACUUCAGCAAAUCCGGUAAAUCCUAAAGAUCAAUUGCUAUCGAAAGAUAAGGACCUAGCUACUAAAUCUAUCUCCGAAGUUACAGUGCCUGAAGAGAAGCAAAAGCCCUUUGAUCCGCGUCUCUAUAGACCGUUAGAGGUGGUAGUCUCGGUAAUUAUACACGAUAUACAGGCUCAUAUUAUGAAAAAUUGUAGCGAUACCGACCCUUCUUGCCCGGUGGUGUUGAUUGAGCGUUUCGGUUUUGAAAUGAAUAAAAGGUAUCAUGAGACUACCCUGCAAGUUUUAGUAAGUCCUUCGUAUCUUAUCUCUUCCGACACUUUGGUACGUCAAAAUCGUGAUAAGCACAUCAAUCAAGGGCAUUUAAUGCUCUCUGCGGUACAGGUUCGAGGUCAUGCCAUGUUCAGUAACGAGGGUUGCGCUCUAGAUGAGGAUACGUUGGAAUAUUCAUGGCUAAUAGAAGUGCAGCUAGGCAAGCUAUCUGGCAAACUAACUCUACCCCAACUCUUUAACAUAGCCGUAGGCUUGGAGACUUUGGCACUGUUGGCUGUUGAUCCUGAAAACUGCUUAAAGUCGCCUAAAACGGUGCGCAAUUGCCAUCAUGGAGUGCCCAGUAAUCAAUGUCCACACACGAAGGAGGAAAAUAAAUAUAAAUGUCCUUCAGCUGAAGACAUUAAAUACAAAAUGACCCGAGUUUCCAUAGAUGCCGUGGAUGUAUAUUUAAUAGAAAGCGGUACCGCUUUGCACGCUUGGAUUUCUCCAAUACGUUUGGCUAAUUGUAAUUUGCAUGGACAACGCGUGAAAUCGGGUAUUUCUGGUCUAUUACCCUCUAUUCUCGUAAGGCUCUUUAUGCUUAAUGCUGGUUGUAUUACAAACAUGACAAAUUCAUAUAACACCAACACCACUGGUAGUAAUCGUUCUGGUAAAAUACGACGCACUGAUCAAGACUCAGUCAAAUCGGAGGCUCAUCAACAGCAGCAACCACAACCACAACCACAACCACCAACGCAUACCAGCAAACAUAAACGCAGUUCAAAUUCCUUCUCUCAACGACGUGAUUCCAAAGAAGAUAGUUCCCGUAAGCUUAGAGAUAGCUUCUCGGAAUGUCGGCGACCCGUCGUCUGCGACAACGAGUUCUUUGAGAAUUGGGUAGAAGUAGGCUGUACUUCCUUAGGCCCUAUAUUGUUAGAAGGCGCCUCGGCAUUACCGAUACCUGAUCAUAAGUUACACAUUGUACAACAUAAUUUCUUACGCGAACACGAUGCUAAGUAUAAACGUUUAUGGUUUUUAUGGUCUGCUAAUACAAACGCCAAUGCUGUGGGCACAGUUGUCGAUAUAUCGCGUUGCGGCUGCAUUGGCGGAUGCGCUUUCUUUGGCAGCAAUCGUAAUGGUUUGAAAUUCUUUAAACCAUCUGCUCAGGACAUUCAAGAUAAUUAUAAUAUAGCGCGUUACUUUGUUAUCAACAAUAAUAAAGAUUUUGGCUUCGGUGAGAGUAUUUUACAUCAAGGUCAGCUGGUCUUUCAUACACCGCCCUACAGUUUACACUCAGUAUCUUUGCAUGAUAAUGCCGAGUUUACAGGAAAGGGUAAGCUCUAUCGUCCGGCUGCCGUAAUAAAUGGCAGUCUGAAGAAAAGCGAUAUGGCUAAUAAAGAUAUGAGUUCAAAGGUUAAGUUGGGCGGCGGCGCUACAUUAGAGAAACAAGAUAUCAAUGGCCGUAAAUCACGUGAAAGUAUUGGUUCUCCCAAUACUUUAGAAAGACGCAGCAAACGUUACUCUUAUACAACUUCAAGGCAAACAUCGGUAGAAGUGCCUUAUGCUCGCCUAUUGGAUAGUCCUUCGAAAAAGGUUCUGCGUCAAGAUUCAACAGAACCCCAAUAUGUUGCAUUUAGACGUGGCUCGGAUUCUAAUAAAUCCCAAAAUAAUACUUUAAGGGUAUCAACGCCUAAAACCAGUAUUUCAGAUUCGCGCUUGACAGACGAAGCGAAUGUCGAAGACGAACUCGAGAUACCUGAUGAAAUGUCUCAUUCAGCUCCACAUUCUCAUCCAUUGGAAUUUGAAAUUGCUGAUAUUGCGCAGACGCAGUUACCGCUUGAUUUGACAAAAGGAGAAAACUUAACGCGUGAAGUCCAGCGUACUAUUUCUUUAACUUCGGAAAAUCCUUCCGAAAUGUUCUUUUCAGCCGAGGAAGAUAUUUCGAAUAUGAUGUCGCAGCGAGGAUCAAUUAAAACGCAAAACGGCUCCAUUAUAUUCUCGGGUAAAAAGAGAUUCUCUUCUGACUUAAGUAUUGGUGCUCAAAAUGAAAAUCAAGCUUUAUCCUCUCUGAAUACGUAUCGUAGCGAUUUGGAGAUACAUGCUCCCGAAAUUAAUAAUAAGUCCUUACCGAAAAGACCGCAAAGUACUACUGAACUAAUGGAUUCACGGGGUUCGUCGUCUGGCACACCUUCGCUAUCGUCGAAUUCCUUUAUAUCGGCCAUGUCGUCACAAGAAGAUGUAGCUCUAGUUAAUUUGCAUCAACAAGUGAAUAGACCUAUCAUAGAUUCACCCCUUUUAAUGGCCAGUUAUUUAAAUCAUUUGUCACAAGUGAAAUGCUUCAACUGGACAAUGUGCUCAUUUCCGGCCGGCUUAGAUGUUUUCUCAACACCUUUAUUUCAGGAGAAUGAAGACGGCGGCUUAACUUAUAUAGGCAGUAAAAUGUUACCGCAUUUCGAUUUAUACUCAUCUUGGCGGGAAAUUAAAGUGGUUCCACGUUAUGAGAACGCUACUGGUAGCAAUAGUUCGGCUACUUUUAUGGGGGGUCCCAAGUCGCAUCCAUGGGAUCCUAGCGUUCUGUUAAAGGAAGAGGAAAGCGAUAAAUCGACAAACGGUUUCGAUGAUGGUGAAUUUAUGAGUUUGCAGGCUGAAGGUGCUGCCUGCACUUCGGUGGUUGCGAGGCUUAAAGGACAAGUGAACGUUUUUCUAACCCCUUUAUUGCUAGAAGGAUUGCAAAGAAUGGUUGAAGCUGCCAUACCGACUUUUAUUUCAAUGCAUCUGCUGACUGUGGUUAAUUAUAUACAUUCAUCCUGUAUAGCUAAAGUGAAAAAUGAUAAUAUUCUCAAACGUGAUCAGAGUUUAAGUUAUUGGUCUCAAGUGCACUCAAAUUCAAAGCGAUCAACAACCGAAAGAAAUCUUUUAGGACCGGGAGAUUCUUUUCUUAGCGACGUGUACGAGGAAAGUAUAUCAACACGUACACAAGGAUUAGUGGUAUUGCCGAAGGUAAGCAUUACCAUGCUUCAAUCUUCAAUAAUCGAAGAAGUAAUUUCAGUGGCAGCAUUGGAUAAUGUGCAAGAUCUUAGUUGCGUAUCCUUACUCACUUUUUACAUUGAAGGUGUCUCAACUAAAUUUCAUUUGGGAAAAACUACAAGAGCUUCCAUGCAUAAUGUUUAUAUUCAACAGACUGUGCAAUCUGGUAAUAGUCAUAAAAAAGGAGGCAUUAUGAGAGGGACACGUGCUCUUUUGGCUCAUCUCUCGUCUCAAUCGCGUCCUGAUAAUGUCCAAGGCGAGCCUAUUUUAAUAGAGACUUCAGAGAAGCAAUUAGAAGAACUUGUUAUAACUUUGGAUGUUGGUAGAGCUCAUGUCCAAUUGAGGCGUUUGAAAACGGAAAGCACAACCGGACAAGAGUCGCCUUUGAUAGUGACCGCCAUUCCUGAACAUAAGAGCAAAGUUUUAUUUGAAUGCCUAAAAAUGACUGACAAUACCGGCGUAGACAGUAUUGGUUAUAUUAUGUUUGAGUGCGGUCUGGAAGGUGUGGGAGUCAAGAUAGUAAAACGAUCCCAUUUUGAAAAAUCGGAAAACUCGAAAGAAGAAUUAGCUGAAAUGGCCGAAGAAGCAAAUGGCGGCGUAGCCAGAACUCUGAAUGAGUUCGUAGAGAGUUCGGUAUCGAACACAACAGUAGCUGUGAAUAAUCCAGCUGUAGACGUUUCCGCCACGUCACGUGCUGAGGCUGCUUGGCGUUUAUUGACAAAGAAGCCUCCCACUCCAAAAACCCCGAAAGAGAAAUUUCAAACCGCCUUGGAAAACAUCAUUGUAAUUGAUCGUAACGACGUUGGCACUGGAGUGAAUGAAACUCGCAAGAACGCCGUUAAAUCUACGGAAGAAGAUUUGGAGAAAGGCAAGCCGAAGAAGCCCGAAAGUUUUGACAAAGUAGCAAAUAAGGAAACGGAUAAGACUUCCUCUUGUGUCAUUGAGUUGAAAUCGAUGUGGUUCAAUUUUGCCGCCCCACCCUGUGUGCCCAUAACAAGAAGGAUUGAUUUAACCCGUUUAGAUUGGAAUUUAUUGAGUACAGCUUCGCCCGCUAUAACGGCUUGGAUGAAUCCAAGUAAUCAUUUGGCUAUAAAAAUUGUAGCUUUACUUAAAUCUUUACACUCCCGCAAUACGGCCGUGGCCGCUUGCCUAAUGGCCGAUGCAUUGGAAAAUGAAAAGAUUCAAAGGAAUCCAAAAAUUAGAAAAAGUCGCUAUGCCAACAACUACACUUUACUAUCAAAAACUCUACAAGAGGAUCCUAGCUGUCAGCUAUGUUUCAUAAUGCAGAAGCUGGUAUUGGAUGAGGGCGUAGAAAAGGUUGAGAGAAUAUUCAAACAUGGCGAUAUCCCACAUCUGAAUACUUUAAGACAGGGUAUUAUCGUACUGAGUCGACAGUGGAAAAACACUUUAUAUAAUCCUAUUCUUUUCGAGCAUCAAUACAAGAAUAAGCUGGCACGUCCGAUCAAUGUCACCUUUUCAUUCCCUCAAAACGAAGAAGAGUGUGACGAUGCUGAAUGUGAAGGUGAUGCUGAUUUAGGUGCAUAUGCCGGAGUUGGAGAUAAUCCUGAAGAGAGUGAGAAUGCUUUAUUACUUGGGCAAACACAGCAUCAUCGAACUCAUAUUGACACAAAUCAAUUUGGUUUGGAUUUUACUACAGAUGGUGUUCUUCACGUCGCCAGCUCCCAACGGUCCACAUCAACUUCACCGAAUAUGCAUUCGCAACGAAGAGGAAAAACCUUGAGCAAAACAUCGAACUUCUCUUAUGGCAAUUCUACUCGUUCUAGCAUACAAAUGUUGCCGAUAAUAUCUGGUUUGGUGGAAAAACAAGGACCGGAAAUAGAAUAUGGUGCGCUACAAGAAGGUUCUUUGAGUUCGACUAAUUCAGUUAACAAAUUUUGGUUGGGUUCCGAUAAUCAGAAAGAAGAUUUGUACUUUUGGAUGGCUAAGCAACAGGAGAGUAAGAAAAAGGAGAGCAUAUCAGAAAAAGAAAUCAUACGACCUACACCCAUUAGUAAAGUGUCGGGACAAGCUCAACUACGGCAUGGUAUCAUGCAAGACUCCAUUAAGCUUUUAGAUGCGCAUUUGAUUUUCGAGCCUUUGCUCACUUGCUUGGGAGUGAUGCCUCAGCAAAUGAUCAACAAGUAUUCAAAUACUGAUAUUUCGUCCUUGGAGAACUUCGGUACCAAUUUAUCAUUAAUUGGAACAUUUGACUCGAUACGUGUUGAUAUUGUUGUGUCAGAGGCUGGAGAUAAAAAGUGUAAGGCCACUAAAUUGCCUAAUAAGAAGUCAAACGGUCGUCCUUCCAUCAUGAUGGAUACUCCACUGUUUCUAUGUGAACGUGUGGGAAUUGAAUUAGAAGUGGUCAAAAUGUCUGACGGCAUGGUAGACCAGGCAAGGCAAAAUGUCAUUUAUAUGUCACGUCGUCAAUUGAAAAAACAUACCAGCACUGUUAUUAACUUCAGUUUGAAUAUUCGAUUUAUAUCGCAACAGGUUAAUAUGCCUUUAUUGCGAUUGUUGCAUCAAAUCACUAAUAUGUAUCAAAACGUUAAAGACGCUCAAAAUGAAUUCCACGAACAGCCGGACAUUAGUAAAAAAUCAAAUGCGAAGGACGAAUACAGUUUGGCCUCUGAGCCGAACGAUAUACCAUUUGGUUCGGUUUCUGAUCGAUUUACUCACAAUGAAAAUUCGUCGGAUGAACGAUAUGAUAAAUUCAAUGAAAUGAUAAGCAUGUCAUGCCAUACGGGCAAUAAAGUAAGGUCUGCUGUGGGUCCCCUGAUCCAACGUACGCCUUCUCCGAAUGCCAAAAACAGACCGCAAUCGUUCGCUCAAAAGUUACGCUCCACGGGUAAAUCAGUUAAGGGAAAAUUAGGAUACACCAAUCUCAACGAAUCGAGCUCUUCACCUUUAAAAGAUAGUCCAACGACUUCUGUUAGCGAACAACAUUUGUUUAAAUUAUCUUUGGAAUCGAAAAUUUCAUUAAACAAUAUUUGCGCUACUAGUGUUAGUGGAGAUUAUAACACGAUUACUAAGAACGGUUUUAAUGGCUUAAUACCACCGCUUUUGGAGACACCAAAUUGUUGGAAAACUAUUUACCAUUUGUUAGAACUGUAUGGCACAAUGCCUGAAACUAAAACGGUACAGCAGAGAGUGUCGAUGACUAAUGAAAAGAAACCCUUUAUGUAUACAAGAGAGGAUGGACGCAAUGAUGACGACGAUUUAGCUAGUGCUCCGACACCAUUGCCACAGCAUCGUGAAUUAUUUGCAGACAAUAUUUCUCAAGAAAAGACCCGAUUAGUCGUUUUCGGAGUGGCCAAAAUUCACAAGACUCGCCUGUUAGCUACAUUAAGUGGUUUGAAAUUGGAAGCGGAAAUCACUACUUUAAAUGGUUCGGCUACAUGGAUUAAAAGGGCACGACCCGCUUCAGUAGAGUUCUCGCUGACAGGACAAGUGGGCAGAGCUAUGAUUGUGUUGCUUGAAGGUGUCGCACCUAACCAGCAGACCGUGGUGAAAGUGACGGUGGGCAAAAGCCAAACUCUUUAUUCCAGCUUAACGAAGAGAGGGCGAGACAAAAAUAGUGGUCUUCUAACUAUCGGACCCGUUAAUAUAGAAAUUCCUCAACAUCCAGUGGCAUUGCAUGGUAUGAUGACUCGUUCUUCGAAGCAGCUGUCGUCAACUCUCCAAGAGUUAAGGGUUGGUCGUAAUUCUGGGCGUACCACGACUCGGUCUCACACUCAAGAAGAACCAGAAUCGCCCUUUCAUGCUCGCAACUCUGGAUCUGGUAUUGAGACGAAAGAGAAACCUCAACAAAAAAGUCGCAAAUUUAAUAUUCAAACUCGAGUUCAGUCGCAACAGAAUGGCUUGUUGCAGCCUUUGGUUAUGCAGUUUAAUGUAUUAUUGCAGAGUUUAUCUAUAAAUGCAGCUUUGUUGCCUUCGCUACAGGCUCAAUACCGAAUGAAUCAAGUGAGUUCAAAAGGUGUGACUGGAAAUCGUGCAAAAUUUGUCAUCGAUCUCCCAACUCACACAUUAAGCUUCAAUACUAAAAUUCAGGUAAGGAACGAAAUGAAUUUACCGUCAGAAGCCUGUAUCGCUCUACCCAUGGUGCAUGUUAGUGCCGAAUACAUACCGGAACAUAAACAAGAGGAAAUUGAACGAGUUGAAGGUAUUGUUUUACGGCAAGGUGGUUAUGUAAAUGCUUCGGCAGAAAUUGGGGAAUUCGAACGCUGCCUUACUACUGAUUUACUCAAUCAUUUGGUUUUCGUGCAAAAGGUAUUUAUGCGUGAAAUAAAUGAAGUUUUACAGAAGGUAUAUGGAGGGGAGAAACCUGUACCUUUAUGGUCGGAGGACAGUGAUAGUGGCAGUGUUCAGGAGUCGAGUCUCAAACGUAUACUAUUCUGGAUAAAUGUCUCCAUGAAACGUAUACAGUUGACGGCCACAACUCCUUGCAACUCUGCUGUUCGCUUUGAAACUGGCACCUUAGAACUGCACCUUUCGAACCGCGUUAAAAAUCUUGGCGAGGGCAAUGAUCGCAAGCUAUUCGGAAAGGCGCACAUUGACUUCAACCUCUCGUUGGGCCAAUUGAUACGUAAUGUGAUAUUCGAUGAAGCCGAACCGGAAUUCCAACAAUAUGCGUUCUUUCAUACAACUAUCGGUUUACGUAAUGCAUUCCAAGAUGAGUUGCUUAACGAAGAUAAAGAGUUAAUAUUACUGACUUUGAAACGUCCUUUGGUAUACAUUCAACCGAUAGCUGUUGAUAAGGCCAUAUUAGUAUGGUUGAAUUAUAAAAACGCCUACGAGUAUUGGGCGGAAAAGAGAGCUAAUCUCAGCUGUGGCAAUAAUCAUCAAACACAGCAGGUGUUUGAUCGAGUAGCCUUUGGCCAGUUAAGCAAUAUAGCCGGUUCAAAUUUAUCAACCCUGUUCUUGCAGUUAACUGUUGAGGAUAUGGGUAUUUGCUUGCCGUUGAAUCACGUGGCUAAUUCUUGGGGUUCUCGUUCCUAUCAAGAUUUUGAACCCAAGGGCGCAGUAGUGAUAACCUUGGAAAAUACAAUUAUCUCAGCAUGUAAUUCCGGCUCAUUGGUAUCUAAAGGAAAAUUUCAGGGAUUAUGCUUACGAUUUGCCGAUGACUUUGAAACUACUUUGGAUGAUUGGAAGCCCAAUCCCAAUGAAUCCAUUAUGAAUGUUUGUGUGGUUUCCGAGGGAACCUAUGAAGUUUGUUCUCGCACCACCGCUGCCAAAAAGAUGGAGAAUGCUAAGUGGUUAUUAAACGUCAAAUGGCAAAUGGAGGGCGUUGAUAUACACUUAGAUAUCAAUAUUGGUAAACAAUUGUCUUCAUUAGGUCACACUUUAACUAUGCUUACUGGUUUUGAAGAAGAAGAUACGAACAUAGAAUCGCCUGACAGCGAUGAGGGAGAUCAAAGCAGUCGCGAUUCAUAUAUGCAUAAAAGAAAAUUUGAAAACUUACCUGCGUUUGUGUUUGACCCUACAAUCGAUCCCAAAAAGCGUUCUUUUAUGAUGGAAAAAGAAAUGGCUGAACAAUUGAAGAUUAUUAAUGACUUGAGAACGCUUGGAGCCUCUCAUAAGACCGUAGGUCUAGAAGAAAAAAGAUUACAGGAAUUACAAGCCAUAUGUUUUAAAUAUUUUCGACGUGACAUGAUCCAAAAAUGGAAGCGUCCUUCCAUGAGAAGAGGCAUAAAGUCCUCAAACAGAUCGUAUUCAUUUGUAGGCUCACAGAGAGAACAUAUAGAUGAUGGCAUGGCCACGUAUUCGGGCCGUCGCUUGGAUCCUAUAGCUUCGAAUGAUGAAAUCUCAAGCUUGCAAAGUACGCCGGCUUCGGGUCAUUCGAGAAGCGCUUCGUUGAGAACCUGUCCUACUAACCGUGUCACCUUCUCUGAGUCGAUGCGGCAGAGUUCUUUGCCGAAUGCCGACAGCGAUGACGAACGACGUAGCAACGAUUCUGAGUGGCGUCCCCAAGAUGGAGUAGGCGAAUCACCUCCUAGUGAAAUAGAUAUUGAUGGAACAUCGGUAGAGAUGCGACGAAAACAUCAGUAUCAGCAGAAGCCGCAAGAACCCAACAUCGAUUUCGAAUUGGAUAUUAAAGUUUUAGUGAAUUCAGGAAAGUGUGUCUUGCACACUAAGGAAUCUGCAGAUGAUCGCUAUCUCGUUAGUGGACCCACCACGGUAAAAACUCACAAGCGAGAGCGUAGCGUUGGUUGCGACUGGGGUAGUCCCACACCAUCGCGUCGUCACAGGGACAAAAGUAAACUACGUUAUAAUCCUUCAAAUCUUGCCAUGUUAUCGGAUUUAACCAUGUUUUAUAUACCGGGUUUGGACGUUAAACUUCACUAUCAAUCGCGAACGGUCGAUUUGCCGAUAACAGAGAGUAUUAGAAUUAUUAGUGCGGAAAGUCAUCAAUCUAUGACGUCCUCCGGCCUUAAUCGACGUUCAAGUAGCAAGCGCGCUUCGCUUUUCGCUUGGAUGACAUUGCAAUCAAUACCAGAGGAAACUAUUAUUUCUCCACAUAUUUUGGAAUUCCUGGAGCAAACUCUGGAACCUAUACCCACCAAAGCGGACAGUAGUGAAUCGCAGACACCGUCACCUAACGCGGUGAAUUUGGACAUAUUACCAGCAAAUUACGUUACAUACGCUUCUUUUCCUGUAGACGUUAUUGUUUAUUUCCAUAUGCAGCCUUCGACAUUCAGAUUUUCUUGCUUGCCAGUUUCACGCGUCGAAUGUAUGCUGCAGUUACCCAGUCUAGAUAUAGUAUUCAGCUCUAAAAGAUCAGCCGACGAAGAACAACAACCAGUGAUGGGAGCACAUACAUCUGAUUCGACACACAUCCCCCCAAUGACUGAAAAGGAUAAAACUCCGCACGGUGGUUUAAGCGUUACUGGUUGUCUUGCUGAUUUUAAUGUUUACAUAUUUCAUCCAUACGGUGGUAAGAAAACGAACAUAAAGGAAGCUCAAUUUUCCCCGUUAACGGAUAAUGAGCGUAAGGAUUCUUUAAGCAUAAAUGUGGAAUUUGUGAAAUUUCAUUUGACCCGAUGUCGGAAAGUCUACAUAGAGCCCUCGCCCCUUUCUAAAAAACAAAUGGAUCAGUCGAGAGCUGUUAUACGUUUUUCAACUAUAGUAGAUAUAGGUAGCGCUUCGUUUAAAUAUGAUAUGCGCAGACUUACCGAAAUCUUGGCUUUUCCCAAGGCAUGGUAUCGUCGAAGAAUUGUAAGACGUUUGUUCUUGGGAGAUUUAAGUGUGCAACAAUCAACUAACGAGAAUGAAUCCUCUUCGGGAACACCUUCCACACCAAAGAACGCCUAUAAGGGGCACUCUAAAACACCAGAGGCGAGCAAGUCUCCGACAGAAGCCUUUUACAUGAAAGAUAAUUUAAAAUUAGAUUUCGAAGGUCAGCCGACUUCAACGCAACAAAUGAUUUCUCAUGGCCAACCGAUAGGGGCAGCUCGUAAAUUAAAAACGUUAGGUAAAUCAUCAAGUGGCGAUUCUUCCAGUACUCCACCAUCGGAGAAGAAUCAAAUUACCGCUUGGGAAACGCUGGUAUUGUUCGCAGUUAACUUUACUAAAUUGAACGUGCAAAUGAAUAUGGGUAACGUGAUGGGCAACGUGGUAUGGUUGACUAAAGAUUUCCAAUCAGAUGGACGAUUGUCAAUAGGAAGCACAGGCUAUAAAAAUAUGUUUGUUGGUAUUUAUUUGGGUGGUUCCUCAUUGGAUGCUAAGGGAGGUAUAGUAGGUGGUAGUUUUGAAGUAAAUAAAAUCAAUACGCGUUUUCACAUAAAAGAGGAGUCCGGCAUUGAACCAUAUCAUACUAUGGGUUUAAGCUUUAUGGCUUUAGAAUUAAGAUUGGAUUAUAUGGGAACUUCGGUGCUUAUGACAAGAAUUAGUUCAUUUUCGGCGGCCAUGAAAGAUGAAUGGAAAACGUCGUUGCUCAAGGGCGAGAACGGGAUAGGAAAUCAUUACUAUAGUGAUGGGUCGACCAAAGCCAUAAUAUUUAUUCAUGGAGAUUUGUCAUGGGAUCAGUUGCAAAUCAUGAUUUCCAAGUCCACUACAGCAGAUUUGUUAAAAAUGUAUUAUAAACUUGAAGAAUUCUUUACCCAACAAUUCAAAUCUUCAAAACGAGUUUUCUCCAGCUUAGAACCACGGUUGCAUGAACGUAAUACGAGCAUGAAACGUCGACAACACAUGAAAAAAAAAUCAACUGCAGGUGAGUUGCCCACAGUGGAGACCACCAGUACUGAUGCCAAACAUCAUCGUCAUUGGCAGAAACCUUUGGAAUUGGUGGCGGGUUUGGUUGUACCAUCUUUGGUUACACGCUUGCCAAGACAUGGCAAUGUCUUGGGCGGUUCAGUUGAAUUGCAUGGCAAUAAUAUAUCGCUGGCUUGCUUCCAUGGCAUUAACUUCAAGUCGAAAUCGUGGGCGUUGUUUAGUUUAAAGUCUCCUUCUAUAAAUUUUACUACUGAAGCACGUCAGGACCAUGAUAGUCGAGAGGUAAUGGUUACUCAGACCUUAACUUCAUGCCUAGGGCAAACAACCGAAGUGCAGCAGCAGCAAAAUCACUCCAUGGCUAUUGUCAGCCGCAUAACUCGUAACAUAGUCUUUCCACCGCAAUUCAAGACAUUAAAUGAAUGGUUUCACUAUGCCUUUGCUAAUAGUGAAAUUGAUGCGGUCGAUCGAUUUCCUAUUUUGGAAUGUGAUCGUGAAAUUGCAUCGAAUUCUAUAGAGAGAGCACGAUCAGCGGCUUCUAACACUAAUAACUUGGCUAAAUCGCAAGAUCGUGAAGUGAUUUUUGCUUUGCCAAGUUUGCAUUUGCAUUUUAAAACUGAACAUACGCAAGGUUCUACGACACCGCAGCGUCAGGAUUCCAAGCCCGAGGUUAUCUGCAGCUUUACUACAGAAUUUGAUGAUCAUAUUUUUGUGACUGUAGAUGCGGAUGCCUUCUUCUUUUUACACGAUCUAAUAACCUCUUAUGUAAAGGAAAAGGAGAAAGUGAUUGGUGCUCAGUCAACUAGAGCUGCUUCACCCAAUUUGUCCCAGAAACAUCAGCUGAAGCCUUUCAUUAGUGAAGAAAUUUCCAAGGAAACUAUACAACAACAACCAACAGUUAGUACGACUAGCAGCACUCUGACUACUAAUAAGCCAACAACAUCGGACGUCAGCAAUAAUAUGACAACAGCAGCGGGACAACAAUUGACAGCCAGUGCUCAAUGUUUGAGCAGCGAGACUAAAGAGGCCAUAGUUACCAAAUCAAAUACGAAUAUUAAUAUAGCAGCUGCGACGAAUUUAGGUGGUAAAGAAUCUUUGCCUUCAGCUUCAACGAAAGCUGGAGAAAAUGCAGCAUCUGGCUGCAUUGACCUGGAGUCAUUUGUUAGAGAUUGGCGUCACUUUGAAUGUCAGACUUGGCAUUUGGAACCCACUGUUCGUAUAUUGUAUUGGGCGGGCAAAUCCAUAGAACCCUACGGUAUUGAUUAUAUACUAAAUAAGUUAGGCUUUAGCCAUGCUCGCACCACCAUACCAAAGUGGCUGCAGCGUGGCUUUAUGGAUCCAUUAGAUAAGGUGCAAGCAUUAAUGAUGCUGCAACUAUUAGCUAUGAUAAGGGAGAAUAAACAAGAUGCAAAUAUAAGACCAUAGGUUUUAAAUUAAAUAUUAAACGAUACACGAUUAAUAGAAUUUUCAAAAUUUACGCUUUUAGUAGUAGUGUUUACGCCCAAAAGUUAUUAGUAGAAUAGCAAUGCGAAGACGGUAUUUUAAUGAUGUGCUUGUAACGUAUUAUAUACGCAAUAUAUUAUUGAGAAAGAUUAUUUGUAUUAUAUUAUUUAAAAUGAAAUUUCAAGCAAAUUAAGCGGUGAGAAAACAAAACACUUUUUAAAAGU